ACAGACAAGACAUGCGAAAUCAGAAAUAUCGAAACAAAAAAAGAAAAGUUAAUAAAAUAAAAAGAAAAGAAAAACCAUUCCUUUCCUGAACUCAAAAACCUUUUCUUUUUUAUUAACUCGGAUGAUUGACUCAGUGUGGGACUCAGUUGACUCGUCCAUUCUAAAACCCAGUAAACCUAUUUUCUCGCGAAAGAAAAUUACAGUGCCGACUGGCGAGAAACGAAUCGUUUUGAUGGCUUCAGAGGAGAAGCGAAUCGAGGACGAGUUGUCGUAUCCGAUACUCUUAUCGGAGCGAGUUCGGUCGGCGGUAGAUGAAGCCGAAUCGUUCAAGCUCGAGUGCAUGGAAGUGGGUAAACAUGUCGACCGGAUUACCCAAAUGCUCCGAACUUUAGUUCGAUUCUCGACUACAACGCCUUCCUUGUACGAGCGUCCGGUCCGGCGGGUUGUCGCCGAGGUUUCCAAGAAUUUGGAGCGGGCUCUUACUUUAGUCCGGAAGUGUAAACGCCAGAGCGUGCUCCGCCGCGUCGUUACUAUUACCAGCGCCGCCGAUUUUCGAAGACUUUUCGUUCUUCUAGAAUCUUCCGUCGGAGAUAUGAAAUGGCUAGUCGGAAUAUUCGACUUCGAUAACGGCGGUGAUGGACUCGGUGGAAUCGUUUCUCUUCCUCCAAUCGCUAGUAAUGAUCCGAUCAUCUCGUGGGUUUGGUCAUCGAUAGCUUCUAUUCAAAUGGGUCAACUCCCUUAUCGAAUUGAGGCGGCUAACCAGCUUGCUUCGUUGGCUCAAGACAAUGAUCGGAACAAGAAGAUUAUAAUCGAGGAAGAUGGGGUUUCGCCAUUGUUGAAGCUUUUGAAGGAGAGUUCUUCGCCAGAGGCUCAAAUCGCCGCCGCUACUGCGCUUUGUAAUUUGGCAAAUGAGCAAGAAAGGGUUAGGAGUAUUGUGAGUGAGGUUGGGAUUCCAGUUAUUGUGCAGGUUCUUGGGGAUUCACCUAUGAGAGUUCAGGCUCGGGUGGCAAGACUGGUGGCUAAGAUGGCUAAGCAUGAUCCUGUUGCCCAAGAUGAUUUUGCUAGAGAAAAUGUGAUUAGACCACUUGUGACAUUGUUAUCAUUUGAGACUUAUGUUGACGAUUCCAAGCUUCUUCCUGGUAAGCAUAGUAUUCAUUCAAUUGUUCAGAUUAAUAAGGAAUGGGAGAAAAAACAUUUGGGUGUUCCAAAUAGCAAGAAUAAUUCUUAUAAGAAUUUGAAUUCACUCACAAAUUCGUACUCUUAUUUGUAUAUGGAGGGGGGUCAUAAUAGAGCUGGGAAUCAUAGGAAAGAGAGGGAGAGUGAGAAACCUGAGUUGAAACUUGAGCUUAAGAUUAGUUGUGCUGAGGCCUUGUGGAUGCUUGCUAAAGGUAGUGUGGCCAAUAGUAGGAAAAUAACUGAGACGAAAGGCCUUCUUUGCUUGGCCAAAUCUGUUGAGAGUGAAGUUGGAGAGUUGCAGUUCAAUUGUUUGAUGACUCUAACAGAGAUAACAGCUGCGGCUGAAUUGAACUCCGACCUCAGACGAGCUGCUUUCAAGACCAAUUCUCAUGCUGCAAAAGCUGUUGUUGAUCAACUCUUGAGGUUGGUUACAGAGGUGGAUAGUCCAACAUUGCAAAUCCCUGGUAUUAGAUCAAUUGGUUCAUUGGCUAGGACUUUCCCGGUUAGGGAGACUCGGGUUAUUGGUCCUUUAGUGAAUCAACUUAGCCAUAGAGACUUGGAUGUGGCUACAGAGGCCACCAUUUCACUUGGGAAGUUUGCUUGCCCGGAUAAUUUUCUUCACAUGGAGCAUUCGAAGUCUAUAAUCGAAUUCAAUGGUAUCCCACCUUUGUUGAAACUGCUUAGAGCCAGUGAACAGUCACAGUUGCAUGGACUAAUUCUUCUUUGCUACCUUGCAUUACAUGCUGGCAACAAUGAUUCUUUGGAUCAGUCCAGAGUUUUGAUUGCUCUUGAAGGUUCUUUAACUUCUGAUCGUACACUAAUUAUGCAACAUUCCAAGUUGAAAGAUUUGGUACCAAAGGCAAUAUAUCACCUUAAUCUGUAUCAUGCUGGAGGUCAUUCUCAAAGAAUGUCUUUUGUGCCUUGACUAUGAUCUCAGUUGUUGCACAAAUGUCUUUUUGGGGGGCAUUUUUAUUUUAUUUAGACGCACAUGUUGAUAGUUUUUUUUCUUUUCUUUUUUCACCCUUUUAGGAAGAAAACAGGACUUGUAGAAACAUAUGUUGAAUAACGAAUACAGAAAGUUAUUAUAGUUAUAUUAUAUUUUCUGCCCAA